AUGGGUAGAGAGAGUAGUAGUGUCUGGGGGGCACUACAACCACCAAGUGUAGCUCCAGUGAGUGCUAUUAUAGAGAGAGAAGGUCACUGGAAAAACUUCGACAGUUCUGUCAAUGCUGUGUCUUUUGGGUUUGUUGCCACUGCGAUUCUCAUUUCUAUGUUCCUUGUUAUGGCUAUAUUUGAGAGGUUUCUGCGGUCCAGAUCGGCCGCUGCCGGUGGACGGAACGGUGGGGAAGUCGCGGCGCAGAUGAUGGCCAAUGGGAAGCUCAAUUACCCAUCUCCCAAGAUAACUACUUAUGCCAAUGGGGUUUCGGUAUUGAUGCCUGGAGAAGAAAUUCCUACCUUCAUUGCACAUCCUGCUCCAGCACCAUGUCCUCCCGAGUUCAUAUCGCCGCCUCUCCCUCAAAAUUACACAUUUUCUGGUCCGUCUUCAAGUUCAAUUCCAGGCUAA